AAGUCAUUUUAGAAUCUGAAAAAUUAAUUACAAUACAAGCUUCAAAAAAGGGUCAUAUUAAUUAAUUUUCAUCCCUUAUUAAUUUUUGUUUAAGAAUUGUGCAAAUUUUAUACAUGCCAAUUAUUUUGAGACAGAUAAAAUAUAUAUGUAUUAUGCAAAUGUAAUUUGAGCAAAUAAUACUACUAUGUUUGGGCAUUGGGCCUACUAGUUUCUAAUCUAUCCACUUUCACCAUUUUUUUUUCUUUCAUCUUGCUCGCCGGAACCACCACUCCACCGGCCAAUUCCAUAGCUUGCUAAUUUCGGAGCUAAUUUGUAUAGCUUGGACAUUCUCUAUACUCAACAAAAUUACAGGGUAGCUACCAGUUUUGCGGAAGAUGUUACUUUCCAGACUCUCUAGAAGAGUCAAUCCUUUACUUUCUUUGAACAGGACUCAUCAUUAUCCGCUUUCCACAUUCAGGGAAUAUUUUGAAGUUGUAGUGUCAAAAGAUAUACAUCUUCGGGCAAUCGAUAAUAAAUAUGGACAAAUCUUUGGUUUUGGAUAUCGAGGUUUCAUGUCAAGUUGUGAGCUUAGCAAAUCUACACUGUAUAACUGCAAAGGGUUGUCCCUUUUGAGAGGGCAGAGUACAGUUAGGUCUUGGCCGAUGUUGAAUCUUCGUCAUCAUUAUGCAACUCAGGUUACUGCAACCGAGUAUAAAUCAAGGAAGAUGCUCUAUUAUUUGGUGGGUUUGGUUUUUGCUAUGGUAGGGGCUAGUUAUGCUGCCGUUCCUCUGUACAGGAGAUUCUGCCAAGCCACGGGAUAUGGAGGUACAAUUCAGCGCCGGGAGAGUGUUGAAGAAAAGAUUGCCCGACAUGAGAAAGAUGGAAGAGUUACUUCCAGGGAGAUUGCAGUACAAUUCAAUGCUGAUGUAGCAGAUGGGAUGCCUUGGAAGUUCACUCCCACACAGCGUGAGGUAAGAGUAAAACCAGGAGAGAGUGCUCUUGCCUUUUACACUGCUGAAAAUCGAAGCUCGACCCCUAUUACUGGUGUAUCAACAUACAAUGUAACCCCCAUGAAGGCUGCUGUGUAUUUCAAUAAAAUACAAUGUUUUUGCUUCGAGGAACAGCGAUUGCUUCCUGGGGAGCAGAUUGACAUGCCUGUCUUCUUUUACAUUGAUCCCGAGUUUGAAACGGAUCCCAAAAUGGAUGGCAUCAACAAUUUGAUCCUAUCCUACACAUUCUUUAAGGUCUCGGACAAAUAAAGAAGCUGUGUUGCUUCCGUACCUUUUGGCCCUCUCCUGGACCUGCACAUAGCGGGAGCUUUAAUGCACUGGGCUGCCCUUUUUGCUUCCGUACCUGGGCGUAGUCACCACCGGAGAUGUAAUUACUACAGAAAUAACUUCAUUUUCAUGGCUGACUAAGGGAAAGAACAGUGAGGGCUGCCCUUUUUGCUUCGUUAGUCACCACCGGAGAUGUAAUUACUACAGAAAUAACUUCAUUUUCAUGGCUGACUAAGGGAAAGAACAGUGAAAACAUUGUUUCACCUGUAGUUUGUGUUAUUACUGAACCAAAGAAAACAUGUAUCAUCCUAAUACAAUAAUUUGAAAGAGAACAGAAAAAUAUGAAUGGCUACAGCAGGUGUUUCUGUUUGUGUUA